CACACCAAACAUUAUCGCCAUGGAAGAAAAAACUCAGAGUCAUCAUAAUCAUCACAGUACCAACAAACACAACCCCAAUUCCAAAUCAAGAACACCUCUUCUCCACAAGCCUUAUCAUCAUCACCAUGUUCAAACCAAUCCUCCUCCUUUUCUCUUGCACCCUUCUUCUCACCAAAACCUUAAUCUUGUUGCCUCAAAUCUUCCUUCUAGCUACUACUACUAUUACUACUGCUACUUCUACUCUCAAUUUCACAACUCUCUUCCUCCUCCUCCUCCUCCUCUUCUUCCUCUUCCUUCUCUUCCUCCUUUACUUCCUCUUCCUCCUCCUCGCUCAAUGACCCGUUUCCACAAAUCUCUCCCUGUCUCUCAAGUUGUGGAGAGAAAGCAACAACAGCAGAAGAAGAAGAUACAAGUUUCUAACAACAAAGUGAGUGGGUCCAUAGCAAUAGAAGAAGCAGCAUUAGUGGUUGCUAAAAGACCUGACUUUGGUGGUCAAGAUGGUUCUGUCAUUUAUCUCCUCGCCAACCAUUUUCUUGUCAAGUUUGAUUCUUCACAGAGGAUUUACCAUUACAAUGUUGAGAUCUCUCCUCAGCCUUCAAAGGAAAUUGCUCGGAUGAUCAAACAGAAGCUUGUGGAGACCGAUGUGAAUAGUUUCUCCGGUGUUGUUCCGGCUUUUGAUGGUAGGCAAAACAUUUAUAGUCCUGUGGAAUUUCAGGGCGAUAGGCUUGAGUUCUUUGUUAAUCUCCCUAUCCCAUCUUGCAAGGGUGUAAUGAAUUACGGUGACUUGCGAGAGAAGCAACCUCAGAAGAAGAUUGAUAAACUGUUUAGGGUUAACAUGAGGCUUGUGUCUAAGUUUGAUGGUAAGGAACAGAGAAAGGAAGGAGAAGAUUGGACUCCUCUGCCUCCUGAAUACAUUCAUGCUCUUGAUGUUAUCUUGAGGGAGAAUCCAAUGGAGAAGUGUACAUCGAUUGGAAGAUCGUUUUACUCGAGUUCUAUGGGUGGAUCCAAGGAGAUUGGAGGAGGAGCUGUUGGACUCAGAGGUUUUUUUCAGAGUCUUAGACAGACUCAGCAAGGUUUAGCACUUAACAUGGAUCUCUCAAUAACAGCUUUCCAUGAAAGUAUUGGAGUAAUAGCUUACUUGCAGAAGCGGCUCGAGUUUCUCAAGGACCUUUCUAGGAACAAAAAUAGAGAAUUGAGUCUAGAGGAAAAGAGAGAAGUGGAGAAAGCACUUAAGAACAUAAGAGUCUUUGUUUGCCAUAGAGAAACAGUUCAAAGAUAUCGGGUUUACGGGUUAACAGAGGAGAUUACCGAGAAUAUAUGGUUUCCGGAUAGAGACGGGAAGCAUCUAAGGCUUAUGAGCUACUUUAAAGAUCAUUAUGGUUAUGAGAUUCAGUAUAAGAACUUGCCGUGUCUGCAAAUCAGUAGGACAAGACCUUGUUACCUUCCUAUGGAACUAUGUAUGAUUUGUGAAGGUCAAAAGUUUCUUGGGAAGCUUUCGGAUGAUCAAGCUGCAAAGAUCAUGAAAAUGGGCUGUCAAAAACCAAAUGAAAGGAAAGCUAUUAUUGAUAAGGUUAUGGCAGGAUCAGUCGGUCCAUCGAGCGGAAAACAAACAAGAGAAUUCAACCUCGAGAUUUCGAAAGAAAUGACAUUGCUGAAAGGAAGAAUACUUCAGCCUCCAAAGCUUAAACUUGACCGGCCAAGGAACCUUAAAGAAAGUAGAGCUUUUAAAGGAACCCGGAUCGAGAGAUGGGCUUUGAUGAGUAUUGGAGGCAGCUCGGAUCAAAAAUCCACCAUUCCAAAGUUCAUAAAUGAGCUCACUCAAAAGUGUGAGCAUUUGGGAGUCUUCUUAAGCAAGAACACAUUAAGCAGCACCUUCUUUGAACCAUCGAACAUACUCAACAACAUCUCGCUUCUCGAAUCAAAACUGAAGGAGAUUCAAAGAGCGGCAUUGAACAAUCUUCAGCUGAUCAUCUGUGUAAUGGAGAAAAAACAUAAAGGGUACGGAGAUCUAAAGAGGAUAGCAGAGACAAGAAUUGGUGUUGUGACACAAUGCUGCUUAUACCCUAACAUCACUAAGCUCAGUUCUCAGUUCGUUUCAAACUUAGCUCUCAAGAUAAACGCCAAGAUCGGUGGAUCCAUGACCGAGCUCUACAACUCGAUACCUUCUCACAUCCCAAGACUGCUUAGACCCGAUGAGCCAGUUAUCUUCAUGGGAGCUGAUGUAACGCAUCCUCAUCCGUUCGAUGAUUGUAGCCCUUCAGUAGCGGCUGUGGUUGGGAGCAUAAACUGGCCAGAAGCUAACAGAUACGUCUCAAGAAUGAGAUCUCAGACUCAUAGGCAAGAGAUCAUUCAAGAUCUUGACUUGAUGGUCAAGGAACUUCUUGACGAUUUCUACAAAGCGGUAAACAAGCUUCCGAAUCGAAUCAUAUUCUUCAGAGACGGUGUGAGCGAAACACAGUUCAAGAAAAUCCUCCAAGAAGAGCUUCAAUCCAUCAAAACCGCUUGUUCGAAGUUCCAAGAUUACAAUCCAAGCAUCACAUUCGCCGUGGUCCAGAAACGACACCACACGAGGCUGUUCCGGUGCAAUCCAGACAAUGAGAACAUCCCUCCUGGAACAGUGGUUGAUACAGUGAUAACUCAUCCAAAAGAGUUUGAUUUCUAUCUCUGUAGCCAUUUAGGAGUGAAGGGCACGAGCAGGCCAACGCAUUACCACAUCCUAUGGGACGAGAACGAGUUUACUUCAGACGAAUUGCAGAGACUUGUGUAUAACUUGUGUUACACUUUCGUAAGGUGCACGAAACCUAUUUCGAUUGUGCCACCGGCUUAUUAUGCUCACCUUGCUGCGUACAGAGGAAGGCUCUACAUUGAGAGAUCAUCUGAAUCUAAUGGAGGAUCCAUGAAUCCUUCUUCUGUGUCUCGAGUUGGUCCUCCAAAGACGAUUCCUCUUCCUAAAUUAAGUGAUAAUGUCAAGAAUCUCAUGUUUUACUGCUGAUUCUUUAAUAGUAUAAAAGAAUUGCUCUUGA